GUUAUAGAGAUUUUUCUUCGUGGACGUGGCCUGCUGUAAAACCCGUAAAAAAUUGCAAAUUUAUUGAAAAAACUAACCAAUUUCGAGAAUGCGAAGUCCCUCGGCAGCAGUUUCGACAAUGCAAAGGAUUUGUCUGAUAUAAUGACUGGCAGCUUUAAGGUGCAACUCAUCAACAUGGGCACUCGUGCUGCCGCCUUUCAGGCAAAAUUGAGAGCCCUUCAUGAAUACCAUGUACGCCUAUUGCACAACGUCUUACCUGCGCCCUCUGGCGUCGAUAUUGCUAACAAUAUCAAAUACUUUUCUCAAACUCUACUAACUGUCCUAAAGGAUGUGCGCACCUCACCGCACGAACUUAUACGCGAUCCCCUCGAGGAUCCCACUCGCAUGUCUGCCUAUCCCAAUCUUGAAUAUGGCAACCUCUAUAACGCUCUUACUAUGCUCAUCGAUGUGGCACCUUGCAUCCAGUAUGGACAAAUCGUUUUCGGGAAAGCCCUCUUGCAGUGCCUCAGCUGCAUCCUACCCUUCCUAGACAAGGAUCUUAUCGAUAAUCUACCCUAUCUAGUCAGCUCUACUAUAUCUGUGCUACCACCAGCCUUACACCAGGACAUUGUCAAUGCUCUAUGCUACUAUAUACUACCAUUUACCAUAACACGACGGAGCUCCGAUGAGCAGGAGUGCCAGGCCUGCCAGUCUGUCUCCUCAGUUAUAAUGAUGGUCCUGCAGUACUCCAACAACCCAGCACAUCACUGCCAGUUGCUGGAGUGUCUCAUGACUCUCAAACACAACGUGGUCAAGGACAUCCUUUGCGUUGUGGCCUAUGGCACGGCUGUCUCACGCUCCUCGGCCGCCAAACUGCUCUUCUACUACUGGCCCGCUUUCGACGCCAAUCUCUUUGAUCGCAAAGUGCUGCUCUCUAAAUUAACUAAUGACCUUGUGCCCUUUACCUGCCAGCGGGAGCACUGCCCCAAUGCCGGCAACGCAGAGGCGGCCAAGGUCUGCUAUGAUCAUAGCAUCAGCAUUACCUACGCCCCCGACUGUCCGCCGCCCCUCUAUCUCUGCAUCGAAUGCGCCAACGAGAUUCAUCGCGAACACGCCAACCUGGAGUUCGGCGACAUCCUGCACCCCAUGCAGCAGGUUUCCAUGGUCUGCGAGAACAAGAACUGCCGCUCCAACGAAAAGUCCGCCUUCUCCAUCUGCUUCUCCACGGAAUGCGCCAGCUUCAAUGGAAACCAUCCGAUCCGCUACUGCAGCCAGUGUCACAGCAAUAGGCACAAUUCGCGGCGAGGUGGCGACCACGUCGUCCAUCGCAGCCUACAGCCCGCCUGGCAAAUGGACCCCGAGAUGCAGAUGCACAUGGUGGAGUCAGUCGUCAGCCUACUGCGUGAGGCCAAGCCUUUGAAUUUUGAGCCUGGCAAGGAGUCUUCGUCCUCAGAGUCCAAGAAAAAUGGCUCUUCUCUCACGGCCGACAAUAUUUCUCUGGAAGAACGCCAGCGUUUGGGCCGAUACGGCAUCUGGCUACUCGUAGGACGUUGCACGCCCAAUGCCGACACUCCCGUGGAAGUCCUGGGCAGGAUCCUCAGCAUGCUGUUCCAUUGGUUCCAUGUCACCGCCUAUUCGUACGAUGCUGCUGGUCAAGUAGAGAGCACCAUAGAGAAGCUAAAGGUUGAUCACGUGUGCAACUGGCUAAAGGACAUUUGCCGCAUCCACUACAACGUCUUCAUCUCCUGUCUGCUCCCCCAUCCCCCGGAGUAUGCCCGAGUUGGUGGCCACUGGGAGACACUGGCCUCCAGGACCAGUCACCUCAAGGAGGGCCUCCAACGUUUGAUUUGCCUGGUGCCAUACGAGGUGAUCACCUCGGAGAUCUGGGACUAUGUGAUGCCACACUGGAUGGAAGCCAUCACCAACGACGUGGCCGAGAAGGAGCUGAACGAAUUGAAGAUCGUGCUAAGCAAGAUACUCGAUCCAGAGAUGUCGCCACUUGGUUUUGAUGCCAAGACCAUGUACAACUUUGUAGCCAUACGGUUCGAGAAGACGACGGCCAAGGUGCAGCAGCAGGCCCUUCACUGGCUACAGAUCCUCACCAAGCUGGAGAUCCUCAUUCCGCUGGUCCAGCUUUUCGCCAUGUUCGGUGACGGGGUGCGCAUUAUGAAGUAUGGCAUCCAACACGAGUUGAUGAGGGAGAAGGAUGCUCAGUCGCAGACAAAAGCCCCGAAAACUCCUUGCAAGGAGAGCAAGGAGACCAAGGCGGACAUGGCUAAUCCUCCCAGACGCAGCUCCAUUUCGCCCGUUGUGGAAGAUGAUUCUGGCAACACCUCUGCUAUUUCUGAUGAUGAGGCCCCCACCAAUCGCCACACGGAGUUCUCAACGGAUGCCGAGCAUAAUCUCACCUGCUGCAUCCUUAUGCUGGACAUCCUUCUAAAGCAGAUGGAGCUGCAGGACGUGGAGCAGCACAUGGGCAUCCAUACGAGCGUCUGUGAGAAUGUUUCGCGUCUCAUCAAGUGCAUGGUGACGGCAGCUCGAGUGGGUCUCAGUAGUCACGUAUGUGCCCUGAAGGUCGCAGAAUGCGCUUAUUGCGAGGCAUCUAUUAUGUGGCAUCAACUCUCCACCAAGCUGGUUCAGUUCAUGGCUCCACUGAAUCCCGUCAGACCCCCUGAUGUACCCAUUGAGGACAUUAUUGAAGAGGAGAAAUCCUCGCGAAAGUCCCCGCCAGAAUCCGACAAAGAGAAGACUCGCGAUAGAGACGUUUCCCUAUCCAUGGCACCGCUACCCAUUCCCCUGGGACCCCUUGGAGGCUUUGCAGAUAUCUUUAAGCUAGAUCAAUUCUUUUCAGACGAUGGAAAAAUUAUUAUAAUGGCAGGUCCUGUGCCGGUGGCCGUGCCCCAACCCGAACCCCACUCCGUGGGCGGAGUGCUCGUCCACAUGCCCCACGUCUGUUCCAAUAACGAAAAUGGGCAUUCAGUUGAUAGUAAUGAAUUGAGAAAAGUUCACGCCACAAACGAGAUCAUGACGGCGACGGUAGAAACUGUUUCAGAGCAGCUCGACCUGGCCUCCAUUCUGCCCACAGACCGGGCCAUAGCCCGCUCUAUAACCCUGUCCGAUGCGGACGUCGGCAGCGCCAAUGUCAGCGUCACCAAGGCAUCGGUCAUGGGUGAGAACGGCGCCAAUGGCACGGGAGCCUGUGGCGGCGGAGGCGGUGGCGAGAACGGAAGCGGCUCCGAGGAGGACGAGGAGGAGGAGGACAGCGACGACUUCUGGCACACCUCCGUGGGCAAGUUCAAGUUCACCCUGGAUACGCUACCACAGCCGCUUCAGUAUAUUCAUCAGCUUUUGACGGAAAUCCCAACUAUUAAAAAGCCGGAGAUCCUGUACUAUGUCCUGCAGUGCCUCAAUACAAUGGCCCUCCAUGGAGAUGCUCUGGCCAAGGCAGCCAAAGAGCAACGUGGCUUCUUCAUCUGGUGCCAGGAGAACUUAUUGAUCAAGAACCUCUGGGAGCUAUGCAACGCGGAGCACUCUCACAUCUGUCAGGUGGGCGUGCCACUGCUGCUGCACUGCAUCACGCUGCCGCUCGGCUCGGACGUCUUUUGGCGCGUGGUGCAGGAGGCCUUCCACGACACGGACUGGCGCGUCCGGUUCACGGCAGUGGAGCGAGUCACCGUGAUUACCCGUUUCAUGGACUCCACCCCGCUGCGCUCCGAGGUGGGCCUGCAGACGGCCCUGGCCACCGCCUUCUGUCACUUGAUCGCCAGCAUGGACGACAUCAAUGUGUACGUGGCGCAGCGGGCUACCCUAUACAUCGGAACUAUUCAUGACACGGCAAUUCGGUCGCUGCUCUUCUGCCUGGAGUCGCAGUUCGAUCUGUUCAUCGUGGACCGGCCGGUGGUCCUGCAAUCCGUCUACCAGCUCCACAACUCCCUCUCUGACCGAAAGAUGCUCGGCUGGGAGUUCUUCCUUAACCGCUUCGACACCCUCUUCGUGGAGGCCCAGAUCAACCUGGAAAAGUGCGGCGACAUCUCCUACUUAAGGGAUCUCCGUAACUCGGACAACGGCAGUGAGGCCCUGUCCGCCAAGAUCCAGAAGGCCCGGGAAGCUCUCAGCCAGUCCGACACGAGCGGCUGCAUGGCCAAAACCCUGAGCGCCUCCUUUGGCACAAAGUGGCCCUACAAGCGGACCAUGUCCGCCCCUGCCAGCAUGGCACCGCGCCAGGACAGCAAGUUUAUUCCCGAGAAGGAGAAGAUAUACAGUCGGCAGGUGUCGGCGCCGAUCCUCAAGAGGAAGACAUCACGCUUCGGACUGGGUCAGUUCCUGGGCAGUAGUAGUGGGGGGGCCUCUGGCAGCAGCCAGUCGGCGAAUCCUACGGCAGCGGGCUCCUCACGUCCCAAGCCGCCACCUUGUCCAGUUCACCAACCGUCGCACACGGCCUUUCCCUAUCACCACCACCACCCGUACCCGCAUCCACACCCUCACCCUCACCCCCACCAUCACCCGCAUCACCAUGCCGGUAGUAGUGCACAUGUAGCAACCACAACCAGUCUGGGCUCGGGCCACAGUCAGAGCCACCAAUACCUGGUGCACUGCGUGCCGCCCAGUCACCAUAGUCCGAUGCCCACGCUGCAGGAGGCGGAGACGCUGCUCCGCUCCCAGGUAGCCGCCGAUGCCGCCGCCGCAGCAGCUUCAGCAGCUUCAGGGUCAUCGUUCAUCCAGGAGGCAUCGGGAGGAUCCAACUCGGCGAAUCCCCCGCCCCAACACUCUUUUCACUCCCACUUCCAAAAGCAUCCGUCGGCACCCAACCUGCUGCCCACGCAGCCAGCCACCGUGCCGGCCCCUAGUCCCAGCCCCUCGGCUCUGGCUUUCCCCCUGCACUGCACUUGCGAUGCCGCAACCCACCUGUCGCAUUCGCAGGGCGCGGGUGCGGCGGCCACCGGCAGCUCGGCGAAUCCAGAUGGUCACAUCCAUUCGUUAGGCGGCUUGAACGAUGAGAAUCUGAUUGGCUUGCUCUCAAGGAUCACGGAACUGGAGGAGUCCGAUCGGGAGACCAUUCACUUGCUAGUCUUCAUGCUCAUGCAGUUCAUGUCCCGCACGGAUCAGGCCUUUCCCUCGGAGGACAAGCCAGUGACCAAGACCCAGAACAUUGUUUUGAAGCAUCUAUUCCUUCUACUUGGACAUAAUCAGAUCGACAAGACCUUCCACACCACACCGGAAUCUCUAAGAGUGUCGGCCGUAUUCAAUGCCUUCCUGGCCAAUUUGCCACAAGUCCUGGAUCAAAACCACUUGAUUGGUGGGCUAAUCCUGCCCUCGGUUAUGCAGAUUAUCCUUUAUGCCCCGAAUCCGACCAGUACUUCUGGCGAAUCCUAUCAGAACAUCGUCUUCAACUACUCGUUAUGGCACCUGGAACAAUACCCCCGCCGCAACUGGCUCUUCACCCUGCUGGUGGUGCUCUACAAGUACUCGUACACCCAACCACCUCUCAGUGGCUAUGUAAUCUCUGCCAUCCGGAUGAUCAUGAACAGCUUGCGUGGUCACUUCCAUCAGUGUCGUCGUAUUCCCACAACCACCAUUCUGGAUAUUCAGGGUGUGGGUGGAGCUGCCAGAUCCCGGGAUGUAAGUCAGCCAUCUCUUGGUACUGACCCGGACGACAAAGAGGCCAGUCCUCCGGCCAGCCCGAUGUUCCCUUCGGAGGGCACCAGUGCCGCCUCCAAGAGCAAAGGCCAGAAUGUGGCCUUCACUCCCAAACUUCAGCAUGCCUUCAGGAAGUACAACGACUCCAGUCUUGACGCGGAUGAGACGGAGUCGGAACUGGUAGCCAUUCCAGAAAGCGAUCUUUCAGACAGUACUUUGCAUGGCAGUAGCGCUCCGGGUUCUUUUGACGACACCAUUCACUUCGAGGAUGUCAUGCCCCGCACUCGACGCACUUUGGAAUACACAGAAGAGAAAUCGACAAAAUCGCACAAAUCCAUGAUCACCACCAAAGUGGGGGAUACAUAUACCACAAAGAUCAAGGCCACCACCAGCAGUGAGGUAACUACCCACACCAGACACAGUCUCCAGGAAGGAGUGCGCAUGAUUGUGACCCCUCUAGUGGGUGCUGAGACUACCGAGACGGCGAUCAUAAGUCCGCCAGUCGAUGUGCACCGGGCGGUGACCGUCCGCAACAAGUCCCUGGAGAACGCGGCUGCCUCCACCUCGAAGAUGUUUGCCGCCAUCGCCACGAAUCACCUGAAGGCACUGGGUGCCCUCCAGGACUUGCCAACAGGAGGAGAAAGGAAGCCAGUUGAUGGAUCCAGCAGCGGUAGUGGCAGUGGAAGCCGAUCCGCUAAUGGUACCGGUGCCAACGAUAGCGGUGCUCUUGCUGCUGCUCCCGGACAGGCUCCAGGCUCCAAGCCUAUUGGUCGCCACAAGACUAUAGUGGAAUGCAGCGCUGGAAACUCUAGCUCCUCGGCAGAUGAUUCUCGACAAAAGAAGACCCAAACCAAGUCCCUAAAGCGCGUAGACAAGAAUUAUGGCUCUCCGGAAUCUCCUCUCUCCAAAAUGAGUGUGAUGCCAAAUCCCCGGGACGAGGUAGACGAGGGUAUGAAGAGCCUACCGCCUCCAAAGAGUAUUGCUGCCUUGGAGAUACCCACACCGGAGCGCCUGCUUCCCAUUGGCACCCAGGACACGGUGGUCACCUUGGUGGAACGGGUAAGGGAUGGCCUGAAUCUGCCGGACAUCAGCCAUCUCAAACAGGACAGUCUGGACGUGUCGGAGAGCACCAAGGAUGACGCUACUCCCAGCAGCCGGACCAACUCUCCACGCCGCUUGAUUAAGCAAGUAGCGUUGGAGUCGCCACCCAAUCCCAAUGCACAGCUUCCUUCCCAGCCGCCAGCUGACUUGCACACCUCCAUCUUGAAGAACGUCCAGCAGGAGCUGAAGCAAACUGCUGGUGGGUCCGGAGGAGCUGGUGGACUGACAACCAGCAACAGCAUCAAGAGACCUCGCCAGAAACUGGCUCCCUUCAAUGUGGACACCAACGCUAUUCCGGACAUCCGGUCACGUUUCGCAGGGUCAUGGCCACCGCCACCAUUCCAACCCGUGGAUCCUGAGCCUGAUGACGAGAUGGAUGAGGGCGAAAUCGAAGCUAGCAAUGGCCAUGGACCACAUGCCACUCCCCAUGCUCCUCGAGGAAGCUCCCGUCGGGUUGGUGAUUACACCAUCGUGGAGCGCUGCUCGGACUGUGGUGCCCAUAUCGAGGAGUACACCGAUGAAGAGAUUGGCAUAUUCAUAGUGAUCCUAGGAACUUUUAUUCAUCGCGAACCGGCAAUGGCAGCCCCUUUCCUACCCGAGAUUUUGACCAUGACAUCCCGAAUCUGCUUGAGCUGCACUCACGCCUGGCAGGGUGAGAAUGGCCCUCCAUUGGCGAGCAGUGCCCAGGCAGUUGCCCUGCAGUUCUUCCGCUGCGUACUCCACCAACUAGCUCCCAAUGGCAUCUUCUUGCAGGUGUUCCAAACCCAAAUGAAGAUGAAAAUCCGACACAACCACUUCCGCAGCAUUGCUAAAGCUUUGCAGGAUUUCCAGGAUCUUAACGUCACCAGUCCCAUUUACAUGGUCUGCGAGUCCCUCAUCUCCAAGAAGGCCCUGCCUAUUGACCAACUUCCGGUCAUUUUCCGUAACAUGGCCGAGUACCUGAACCUCCAAUGCGUUCCGGCCGAGGCUGGUGUAGGCUUGGCGGUCUGGUCCCAGGCGAUGCAGGCCAUGGAAUCGCUACUCCGACAGGUCAUUGUGAUCAUGCCAAGUCUAAGCAACGCAGAGUACAUGCUGGACAUCAUUGCGGCAACUUUGCGGCUCAACUGUGUACCCAAAACCCUUUUAGAUCCCUAUUCCAAGAUCAUGGCCUAUUGCGUGCAACACACUAAUCUGGAGUACCAGACUCUUUACGAACUCUGCACCCUCAACACUCGCUCCUUCAGCAAGGAUAGGGAUAAGAACCUCCUCUGCCGGCAGAUGAUCUUCGAGUUCGUUCAGGCCCUCAAGUUCAAGACGAACAUUCCGGACCAUAAUCUGCUCACAAUUAUUGGAUUUGUUCUGCUUGACGCUGGCGGAACUUUGCCACCUGGAGCUGCUCCAGGUCUGCCAGAUGCGGCUCCUCUUCUGACCACCAAUGCCGCCGACUGCUUGAGGCAGUACAUCAAUGAUGUGAUCGAUUUCCUGGCCGAUUUCCACACUCUCAGCAAGAUCAAGAACGGUCAGACGAGCAACGGUCUUGGCGAGGAUACCCUGGGCGGAGUACUUAAGGGGGCUGUGGCCCAGUAUCUGGCCCUGGAGAUGUCCCGUGGAAACUCCCGAGACAACAAAGCCGUGGCCCGAUAUCUUCCCUGGCUGAAUAAUGCUCCCUCUUCUCUCCAACAAGGACCCAAAGAGUUCACUGAAUGCGUCGGACACAUGCGGUUGCUAUCCUGGCUGCUUCUCGGCUCACUUACCCACAUGGCUCUAAUGCAACGACGCCAGGAGACACACACAAUUCCCACCCCAAUGCCUCCGAUUCCGGCACCUGGUCAGGGACCCAUUCCCGCAGCCAGCGUCCACUACCAGCACCAGGGAGUAACCUACUCUCAGCCCGUACCACAAGAGGCAUCCUGCCACAUCGCCGACCACAUACAGGUCAUCUUCGCUGGCUUUGCGGAACAGUCCAAGACUUCCGUGCUGCACAUGUCCUCGCUAUUCCACGCCUUUACCCUGUGCCAAUUGUGGACAGUCUACCUUGAGCAGAUGUCCCACAACACGAAUAACAAUUCAGAGGGCAGCACGCUAGGUGUGCUGUUCGAGUUCUGGGCCAAGGUCACACCCUGCAUUUUGCAGCUGGUGUCCCAUGCCAAGCCAACGGCCAAUAAGGACCAGCCGCAGACCCCCGUGGAUUUCCAGACCCAGAGUGCCAACUCCAAGCUUUCCGAAAUGGUGAAUCUACACUUCCUUAGUCUGCUUGAGGCCCUGAAGGACACCAAUUCAACGGUUCUGGGCAAGCUACUGCCCAUGUGGAGUCCAGUGCUAUCCUCGCAGACCCAACUUUCGGACACUCUGCAUGUCCGCCUGCAGAACGUAAGGGACUACGCCCCAGAUUACGAGGAGCAGCAGGCCUUUAAGUCGGAGGCUUUACUGAAGUGGCUUCAACGUCUCCAGUUCAAAAUGGGACAAAUUGAGCUCCAGGCUUCCACAGCCACGCAGUUCUACUCUAUCUAAAUUGUAAACAUGCACCAUGCAAUAGUUUAAUGCAGUCUUAAUAGUAAUUGUUGCUUAUACGAAUAAAUAUUUCACAAUUUGUUUGAAACAA